AAAAAUUUAAGGUUGCCUGCGGUACUCAGUUUUUACCCUGUGAUAACCAUUCUAAGGUUAUAGCCUACUGCGAACUUGUUCCCAGUGACAAAUAGCCAUACCUGCGCUUCCCUUUCUCCACAAUUUCUCAAAUUUUUGUAAGAAAUCAAAACUAUCAGCAAAUCUCUUACUCACUCACUCGCUCACUCUCAAACAUGGGGACCAUCGAUUCUCUCCCAUUCAUAGACAUGUCAACCCUAACCCAGUCUGAACUUCGUACUUUGUCUCUCUGCUCAACCUCCGCUUUCGAUCUCAACCGCCUUGACGACCUCGUCAUUCCCAUCAUCGAUCGUUCCCUAUUCAACGAAAGCGCCGGCUCCCGAAAACAAACCUUCUCUCGUCCUACUAACACCACCUACCACCACCACCAUCUCCGCCACCGCAUGGCCGGCCUUCUCCCCUCUUCCAAACAACUACCCUCAUCGUCUUCUCUUCCUUCUCAUCUCGACCCUGAACAUUUAGAAAACCGUUCCAUUCUUAACUCCCUUCGGAAAUCCCUUUCCCAAAGCCCUCACUUUAACGAUGUCGUGUCUUUGUUCAGCGUUUCGGGAGAAAAGGAUCAGAUUUUCAGAAAAAGAAAGAGGGGAAGGAAGCCGAAAACAAAAGUUAAAUCAUUGGAGGAGAAUUUGGAGAUUGUCAACAAGAAUGGAGGGGUGGUGGAUAUUGUGGCAUUGGGGAGUUUGGAGGAUCCUUAUGGGGAAGAAUUGAGGGGAAGAACUGAAGGAAUGAUUGGGAGUGAAGAGGAAUUGUUAAGUUUUAUGAGGGAUUUGGGUGGACAGUGGUGUAGUAGAAGGAAGAAGAGGAAGAUUGUUGAUGCUAAUUUGCUUGGUGAUAUUUUGCCUGUUGGGUGGAAGCUCUUGCUUGGCCUUAGAAGGAGAGAGGGCCGUGCCUCUAUUUAUUGCCGCCGAUAUAUAAGCCCUGGUGGACAACAUUUUUUAUCAUGCAGGGAAGUUUCUGAAUAUUUGCAAUCCUAUUUUGGACUUCAUGAUGCUCACCUGUCAAUAGAUCAUGGGGCUGACAUUGUUCAGAAAGAUUAUAGAGUUGCUUCUGGAAAUCAGUAUGCAGGUGCUACCCAGAUGGAUAAUGAACAAAGGCAGUCUAAUGAUCAGGAGAAGGAAGUAACUUUAUUGGGUAUUGACAAUCUUGCGGAGGUUCAAAUACAGGACCUUUUUGAAUGCCAUAAAUGUGACAUGACAUUUGAUGAGAAGGAUACAUAUUUACAACACCUUUUGUCAUUUCAUCAGAGGACUACAAGGAGGUACAGACUUGGUUCUUCAGUUGGGGAUGGUGUUAUAAUAAAAGAUGGGAAAUUUGAAUGCCAGUUCUGUCAUAAGGUAUUCCAUGAAAGACGUCGAUACAAUGGUCAUGUAGGGAUUCAUGUGAGGAAUUAUGUGAGGGGAAUAGAAGAUACCCCUGGUCGGUCGACUCUUCAGAAAAGAAUUCUGUCUCCUGCUAGGGAGGAGUUUCCUACAAGGAUCUCUAAAAUGGAUGCUUUGAUAGAAAUUGCUCAAAAUUCUAUUCUUGAAACGUCCUCUGCUAGGUCUACUGCCAUACCUGUUGCUUCCAUUUCUGACCAUGAACUGAACUCUGACUCUGCUUUCAGCGAACCCGACAUGGAUGAUAGAAAUAUGGACAAAGAAUCAUAUCAACAAAUUAGCAAGCCAAAGAUUACUGAUGAAAAGAUGGAGGCUGAUGAUGUUGAUGCUGGCAAUGUUAUGGAUGUUAAGAUACAUUCCUGCGUGGAUUUUGCAAGUGAUCUAACUUCUGCUGAGCAAAAUGGUUAUUCCUGUGAAAAAUUUUGUGUGAAAGAUGGUCUGUCAUUCAUUGCUGAUGAAAUUGACAAGUCUGUCACUGAGCAGGAAAGAGUCUCUAUGGGUCACACACUGACUGCAUCUAGUGAUUUGAAUGUUGAACCUAUUGAGAGUAAUGAGAAUUUGGUUUGCACUAAUGCAGUUGAGCAUAAGGAGCUAAAUGAAGUGAAUAACAAUAAUGAUAUUGAGUUACAAAGUGAUUUUGGGAGCAAACAUGGAAGUUCUGAGUUGCCAAGUUUGAAAGAUAAUUUAGUUCAGUAUGGAGAUUCCGAGUCUUUGAUUUCCUUGUUGCAACCAUCAGGUGGUCUUCCAACAUCAAACACUAUCUCAAAUAAGGGGGAAGGCGAAGUUUGUAGGGUCAACCAGAGACAGGAUAACGAAACAGGAUUUGAGGAGAUGAGGUUUGAUGAUAUAGAAACUCUGCAAUUCAAUUUUGGGACAGGACAAGAAUCUAUUUCGCUGGCGGAGGUGCCAAUACAUAUGGCGAGUAAUGGUGGAAUGGAAGGGUCAUAUGGUUCCUCAGUUCCGGUUGGAUCAGUAGUGUUAAAUAUGGCAAGCAGACAACUUACUACAUGUGUUUGGUGCGAAAUGGAAUUUAGUGAUGAGGGUGUUGAUUCUGAGUUGCAAUCAGAUUCUGUUGGUUACAUGUGUCCAACCUGCAAGGCCAAAGUCUCUGGGUAGCUUAAUGAACCAGGCAGUGCUUAGCCCAUGAAAUUCAGUAUGCUUUCCAUUUUUAGCAAUUUUUUUCAUUUAUAGUUGGAAGAUAAGUCAAUUUAUGAGAUUUGUAUUAAUUAUUAAAUUUCUGAGAUUACUGAAACCUAAUGAGCCACUUCGUUAAAUUAUUGUAUACAGUUUACGUGCGAAGUGUCGGUCUUUUUCAACGGAAACGUCUAAUAAAACUAAAAAUUUUUGUCAAA